UUGACAGCGCGUGCGCACCAGCAGCAGCCAGCAGAAAGAACAUCAGAGCCACCAUGCCGUCACCCAAACAGAGGCAAGACAAGCUGCAAGCAGACUGCAGAUCAAGGCCGCAAUACAGUGCCCUGAAUGACUUCAUAGGAUUCUACUAUCGUCCAGACCUGGCCGUCGCUGAUAUUGAGACGUUGGUAGAGCCUCUACCGGAGGAGCUCCAGAACUUGGCCGCAAGCCUUUUCAAGCGACACGCCGAUGAUAUGUCGGUGGAGGCGCCAACACAAGAGGAAGAUCCAGCCACGCCACCUUACUCCACUCUGGAAGACUGGAAGACGCUUGAUGUGUCUGGCCGUUACAUCUCGUCCAAGUUUCGCCUGCCAGGACAAGUCUCCAUAUCGUCACUGGAAGCAGAUUUGCGGCAGUGGAUGGGAAAGAUUCCAGCCGGCAGCGUGUUGUGCCUGAACCUCUCAUCCUGCACGCUUCUUGACGAUGAUCUGGAACACGUAACGACUGCAGUCCAACUUCUGCUCGAAGAGAACAAGACACACAAGGAUGGGCUGAUCGUGGUGUUGCGGGGUGCGCGCAUCCACAAGGAAUUUGACGAGUUGCGCCGCUUGCUGGAGAAAUGCUCGUUGGUGGACAUCUGCGACACGCCCAUGGCUUCUGCUAACAGCGUGAAGUGGUUCCGAGAACUGCACGCAGGCAGGCUCCUGCACAAGUUGAACUUCAUCAACAGCUACCAUAACCUGGACGCGUCUCUGCGCAACCUCUUUGGUGACGGCGAAGACACCAAGGACAUCAAAGCCGAAGCAGCCAAGGCAUUUGCCUCCUUCAACCACUUCAACAACCCACCAUUGCACGCGCGCACUGUGACAAGGCUGUACUGGAAAAAUCUACACAAGAGGUUGGGCGAAGUUCGGCUCAAAGCGGAUAAAUUUCGAGCCCAGAAACUCCAACGCGAAGCCAGCGAGAGCGAGAGCGAGGAUGAGCGGCGUGAACUUCAGCGCAGGGCUGAGGAGGCUGAGGGCAAACUGGGUGUGUUCACAAGGGGUGCAUGCGCUCUUGUUGGUGUGGUCGUUGGUGUGGUGCUUGCCAGAACCUGGUUUAGGUAAAGGCCUUUAUGUUGAUAGAGCCACAUGUGUGCUCGGCCUGAUUGUGUAUUGGAUGGUUUCAUGUCACUUUCUCAAAGUCUUGCUGGUGUUCCAUCGUGUUAGACCAAUGCAAGGUGGUGGCGUCUCGUUUAUUGUGGCAUGACUUUGCUCACCACAUAAACCACAAAUGCAAAUGACA